AUGGAUUUGAUAACUCAUAUUAUAGAUCCAGAAGGUGAAGUCAUCAUAAUACUGCGCAAUGCGAACAGCCCCUUUGCCCAACUAACGGGAGAUGCAUGUACCCAUCGAUGGCUUGACAUCUCUCAAUUAUCAUUUGGCAAACCCCUGAGUUCGGGCAAUUCCCCGAUUUCUCAGGGGUUGACUGGGAUUCCAAUAUUCAAUUACAAACCGUUAGAGCCGAAUCUCAAGGUGCAGACCGAGAACAGGGAUAAGAGGAAGGGAAAGAAAAGAAGGUCUUUUGCUGAAGAGUCCGCUGCUGAAGACUUCGCCGCUGAAGAGCCCCCUGUCGAGGCUACCACUGCCGAAGAGCCUGUUGUUGAAGGCCAUAUAGAUCAGAGUUGCUCGCUUUUUCAGGUCUCUGCGAAGCAUCUGAUGUUUGCCUCUCCGUUUUUCAAAAGGCUGCUUACUGGAGGCUGGAAAGGAAGCACUGCUUACUUCCAGAAGAGGUCAGUUGAGAUCACUGCAGAAGGCUGGGAUGUUGAGGCGCUCAAGAUAUUACUUCGAGCUAUACACGGUCAAUACUCUCACAUACCUAGAAAGCUGACCCUGGAGAUGCUUGCGAAGGUUGCUGUUAUUGCAGACUAUUACGAAUGCCGGGAGGCUUUGGAAUUUCUGGCAGAACUCUGGAUCGAGAAAGUGGACGAGCAGACUCCGUCAGUCGCUUCGAGGGAUUUGAUUUUAUGGUUGUGGAUAUCUUGGUUUUUCCGACUCCCUUCCCAGUUCAAAUUAUCCACUUCAAUCGCUAUGUCGCAGAGCGAUGGUCGUAUUGAUAAUUUGGGACUUCCGAUCCCGGAAGAUGUCUUGGGUGAGCGUAUGUACAUUCUUCUGAAUGCUUAG